AUGAGUUACUACUCACUAAAUAUCACAUCCCUAAACAUUGUUGUGGGAUUGAAGCAAGUAGGGGGUAUUCAAGAAGCUGGCCUCAACGAGGACGCGACCGUUGCAGUCCCUAAGAUUGUCCGGAUUUCAAUCACGGACGAGGACGCGACCAACACCUCCAGCAACGAAGAAGAACAAGACCAACAACAACGACUGACGAAGAGGGUCAUCAACGAAGUGAGAAUUGAAGAGGAGUCCGAGGUGGUCAGGGUGUUUCUGGCCAAUAAUCAGAAGCAAAAGUCGAAGCCUUUACCGGAGGAGAAGAGGAAGUUCUGGGGCGUACGGCAGCGGCGGUGGGGCAAAUGGGCUGCCGAGAUUCAUGACCCGGUCCGCAAGUCCAGUCUCGGGCUCGGAACGUUUCAAACAGCGGAGGAGGCGGCGAUGGUGUACGACAGAGCUGCCAUUCAGUUGAGGGGACAUAACGCUCUCACGAAUAUCAUCGCUCCUCCUUCCAAAAUUCUCAUUCCGGAUCACGAUUCUUCUUCGAAUGAGUCCAGUUCGAUCAACAAUCUUUCUUGUUUGAAUGCGUCCAGUUCAAUCGACCAUAUUGUUGUGAUAGAUGAGUAUGAUUCCGGGAAACAGUGUCAGAGCAUUCGCUCCCCGACCUCUGUUCUCAGUGGUAGUGACAACGAGUGGAGACCUGGGUCGAAGGAGCAGGAUGAAACCCAUUUCGUUAAAGACUAUGGUUACUUUGAUGGUGUAAUCAGUCCCACUAAAGCUAUAUUCUUCGGUGUUAUAGAGCUGAUUUUGUUGGAGGAAAUGAACUUGGUGCCGGAAACAAUGUUGGUGACGUCAAAUUCAAAAACCCAGCUACUAAAUUUAGAGCAGAACCUGUUCACGGGUGGAGGAAUGGGUGUUCAAUUGGAGGGCAAGGGCGGCGUUGGAAGCGAGGGAGUGAGCGUGGAGGUGAGGAAGGCAGCGUUGGAAGCGAGGGAGUGA